AUGCAGAGGAGGCUCCGGCAAGUAUGCACCGCAGUGAGAGAGCACAGCGCCGUCAACUACGCGAAAAUGGCGACGGCAGGAGGCUUCUGCAACGUGGACCUAAUAAUCGUCAAAGCCACGUCCCCAAACGACAUGCCGUUGCAGGAGAAGUACGUUCACGAGCUCCUCAAAAUCUUCUCCAUCUCCCAGACGUCGUUCCGAAGCUUCUCCCUCAGCUUCACCCGUCGUUUCGGCCGCACCAAGUCCUGGAGGGUCGCCCUCAAAUGCCUCCUCCUCCUCCACCGCCUCCUCCGCUCCCCAGAAAACGACCAUUUCCGGUCGGAGCUUCUCUGGUCCAGAAACAACGGACUCAUCUCUCUCUUCCCUUGUCGUUUCAAUGAUUGUUCAUCAGCCAGUUCCAAAGACUACACUCUCUUCAUCAGAUCAUAUGCUCAUCUUCUAGAUGAAGCUCUCAACUCUAGUACUUCUCUCUUAGAGAACAAACAAGAGAAAGAGGAAGAUGAUGAGAAAAGCUUAUCAGAGAAAACGAAGGAAGUGGGAAGACUUCUUGAGCUCUUGCCUCAGCUUCAGAGCUUGAUCGAUAGGGUUAUCGAGUGUCGUCCGGUGGGGUCCGCGGCAAAGAGUUUCGUCGUUAAAUCCGCCAUAAAGAGCAUAGUACGUGAUAGUUUUGCAUGUUACAACACAAUUAGGACGGAAAUUGUUAUCGUUUUGGAGCAACUUUUCCAAAUGCCGUACAGUAGUUGUGUUACGGCUUUUGGGGUGUACAAGACAGCGGCAGUGCAGGCAGAUAAGCUGUGUGAAUUCUAUGAUUGUUGUAAGGAAAUGGGGCUCUGUGGAUUUUAUGAGUACCCCAUUAUUGAGAGGAUUCCGUUUUUGCAGAUUCAAGCUUUGGAGAAGUUACUCAACGGAAUGUGGCAGUUCACGGAUUCGGAAUCAUCGCCGUCGUCAUUGUCUCCAAUGGGGUCGUCGGUGCGGUCUCAUUCGCCGGCUUUGGCCGAGGAUGAAGAAGAAAGUGGUAAGGUUGGUACAGAAGGAGUUACUAGUAAUUGUGAGAAAGUUUUGGAGAAGUUUUGUAUUGAGGAGGAGGAACCGUUAAUUCAGUUGGAUUAUGAGAGUGAUGAGAACGCAAGUUGGGAGACUUUAUUAGAGGCUUCGGUUAAUAUGGCGCCUGCUCAAAACAACAUUUUCUUCAAUAGUAAUGUUAAUGGUUUUGGAGAUGGAUUUAGUAGUAAUAAUCAUGUCAUCAAUGGAUAUGGAGAGCAAAGGGAUGGAAGGAAUAUGAUAGUGUACAAUCCUAAUAGUGUAAAUCCGUUUAAUCAGCAGGCUUUGAUCAUGCAAGGCUAUAAUCAUGGACCGUGGGCCUUCAACUUUACAUACUCAAGGGGACCUUAUAAUGUUUUUCCAAGCUCAAAGUAG